AUGAAUAAUACUGACGAUUGUAGUAAUGUUGCCAUCGAUAAAUCAUCCAAAAUGGAAGAGAUAAUAUCAAUCUCGACAAUAACUCCAAUUAUUGUAAAUAACAAUGUUGAUCAAAAACAACAAGAAGAGGAGGAAGAACAUAUUUUAAAAAAGUUAAAAGUUGAUAAUAAUGACAAUCAAGAAAACAUAGAAACUACAACAAUAACUAAUAUAACUAACAACACAACAACAACCACCGCAACAACCACAGUAGCUAAUAAUAAUAAUAAUAAUAAUAAUAAUAAUAAAAAUAAUAAUAAAAAUAAUAAAUUUAAACAACAAAAUAAUCAAUUUAUAUAUGGAAACUAUCAUGGUUACUAUAAUUAUAGGAAUGAAUCAGUCAUUGAACAAGAUAAUAGACUUAAAUAUCUAAGCAAAGAUUUAUUUCAUCAAAAGCGUUGUUUAGAUAUUGGUUGUAAUAGUGGUGAUUUAGUAUUUAAAAUAUCAAAAGAUUAUCAACCAACUCAUAUCACUGGUAUUGAUAUUGAUAAAUAUUUAAUUAAUAAAGCAUAUCAUCAAUUAACAUUUGAACAAUCUACUUUAUCAAAUAAUAAUAAAAAUAAUAAUAAUAAUAAUAAUAAUAAUAAUAAUAAUAAUAAUAAUAAUAAUAAUAAUAAUAAUAAUAAUAAUAAUAAUAAUAAUAAUAAUAAUAAUAAUAAUAAUAAUAAUAAUAAUAAUAAUAAUAAUAAUAAUAAUAAUAAUAAUAAUAGUGGUAAUAAUACAAAAGGAAUAGAAGAAAAUUCAACAAACCACUCAUACACAAUUACAACUACAAUUAUUGAUUCUAAUAAUUUAAAAAUUGAUAAAAAAGAUUUUAUACCAAUUUCAUUUAGAAUGAUAUCAGAUGGUAUAAUUUCAAAUCAAUUCCCUUAUAAUAUUUCAUUUUAUUGUCAAAACUUUUUAUAUACUUCAAAAAUAAUUGAUAAACAAAAUUCAUAUGACGUAAUCACUGCAUUAAGUAUUUCAAAAUGGAUUCAAUUAAAUUGGGGUGAUGAAGGUAUUAAAAAAUUUUUAAUUAAAAUUUAUAGUUUAUUAAAGGAUGGUGGUAUAUUCUUAUUUGAACCUCAACCUUGGAAAGGAUAUAGUAAAAGAAAGAAUCUAACAGAAUUAAUAAAUAAAAAUUAUAAAGAAAUUAAAUUCAAACCUGAUCAAUUCACAAAUUUUUUAAUUGAAACUGUUGGUUAUAAAUCUUUUGAAUUUUUAAAUUCAAACGAAGCAAAAUCAAAAGGUUUUGAUAGACCAUUAUAUAAAUUUAUAAAAUAA